AUGGCCAGCGUCAAAACUCGCAUCUGCAUGAUAUCAGACACCCACACAAUCACACCAAACCCACCUCAGAGAACCGACAAUGCCUACCGCUACCCCCUCCCCAAAGCCGACAUCCUCCUCCACGCCGGUGACCUCACAAAAGUGGGGUACCGUAUCGAGCACGAAAAAAUGCUCGCCAUGCUCAAAGACGCCGACGCCGAGCUCAAGCUCGUAAUAGCCGGCAACCACGACAUAAGCCUCGACGAAGAGUACUUCACAAGCUUCGGCUACACCCGCCACCAACGACCAGAGCAACUAGGCAACGAAUCCAUCCUCCUCUCAGACAACCUCCAAAGCGAGCUCUCAACCCCCCAUCCAAACAAAGAAGCAUUGAAAGCCUACGUUCGCUCUAUCAAAGAUCUCUGGACAAACGAGGCCGCACGUAACGCAGGUAUCAUCUACCUCGACGAAGGCAUCCACUCCUUUACCCUCUCCACAGGCGCAACCUUCACUGUCUACGCCUCUCCUUACCAACCAGAAUUCUAUAAUUGGGCCUUUGCAUACCAGCUCGAUGAAGACAGGUAUAAUCCCGCGCCUAGCACACAUCCACAGCCCCAAAACCCGAUCCCGGAUUAUCCAGCUGUCGACAUAUUGUUAACCCACGGCCCGCCGGCUGGAAUUCUUGAUCAGGUUCCGCCAGACCUGAACGCCGGCUGUAAGCACCUUCUCCGAGCUGCGCAGCGCGCAAAGCCGCGCAUCCAUCUCUUCGGUCAUAUCCAUGAAGGCUGGGGUGCGCAGCGCGGAGUAUGGGAUAGUACGGCCGAUGGUGGUGUAAAGCUUGAGACUGUGCCGACGGACCCAGAGGAGAUGCUGGAGAAUCGGGGUGCGUUCUAUGAUGUUAGCGCGUUGUCGGAUCGGCCGUUGCAGGUCGGGCAGGAAACGCUUUUUGUUAAUGGUAGUGUUAAUACGGUAGCGUAUGAGGCGAGGAAUGCGCCUUGGGUUGUGGAUUUGGAGUUACCUGUUGCUGAUAGAUAG